ACGGGAUAUUUCUAUCACCCAGCAACAGAUACAAUGGCUGACGACGGUCGCAACGCGAUUCGCUUCAGUAAUUCUGGAGCUCGUACGCUCAUAGAGAACUGGGUAGAAGAGCGCAGCGUCGCUCACAUUGAUGGAACAGAAAAGUUUACAGCAGAACUACAGAGACAAGGACACAAGGGUGUUCUAACGACUAACUUUGGUUGUCACGUGGAAGGAGCGUCGACCACUAUGGAGACAUACAAGAAACCUUGCUCGCCCAACGUGAGGACAUGUGGAGUGCGGAGAGAAUGUUUAGAGAGAGAGAUCAAAGAAAGAGUGAGUCAAGAAGUACACUGUGAAUUCAAUCCUCCUCCGCCGCCGCCCGACUUCACUUCCACAACAAAGAAAGACUUCUUUUCGAUAGACUUCACUCCGAUUGAGAGAAAGCCUGAAAAGGACCACGAUCUCUAUCAAGAACAACCCAUGUCAUUUUGGAUAGAGCAAUCGGAGAGGCACGGUGUCUCGGGUCUCACACAAGCGCCCAUCAAAGACAAGCCAUUCCAUCGGAAUGCAGCAUUCAGCACACCAAUUGGCGAAUCAUACGACUCACCAAAGCCCCAUGAAAAGUAACAACAAAAAACUCAAAAAUUAUGCUAAUUUACUAC